GUUCCUUCUCUUCUCUUCUUCCUUUAAUUACUCCACACAUUUGAUAGUAGAGCUCAGUAUAAUGUCUGCAUCAGAUCCCAUUUUUGUCGACCUCAGCGAAACUAAGCCCGCUGAAAUUGAGAGCUUAUGCAUGAAAUGUCACGAAACUGGUACUACCAGAAUCUUACUCUCCAAGAUUCCUCACUUCAAGGAAAUCAUUAUUAUGGCUUUUGAAUGUCCUCAUUGUGGUUUCCGUAACAACGAACUCCAAAGUGCUGGCGCUUUCAACGAAAGAGGCCAUACUAUUACCUUAGCUGUCAAGGGUAAAGAUGAUUUAAAUCGUCAAUUAGUUAAAUCUGAUUAUUGUUCUGUCAAGUUUGUUGAAUUGGAUAUGGAAAUCCCUGCCAACAGAGACCGUGGUUUGUUAACGACUGUAGAAGGAUUAAUUGAUAAUGCCAUUGAUGAUUUGGCUGCCGGUCAACCUGUCCGUAAACACACAGACGAAGCUAUUUAUGAAAAAAUUGAGCAAAUUAUUGCUAUUUUGAAAAGCUACCAACAAGGUGAACCCUUCACUCUGCUUCUUGAUGAUCCUUCUGGCAACUCCUAUGCUGAAAACAAGUGUUUGCCUCAUGCCGACCCUCAACUCAAAUUAAGAUGGUAUACACGUACACCUGAACAACAAGCCUUAUUAGGUCUCCAACCCGGUCAUGAUCAAACACCCGCUGAAGCUGCUGCCACUGAAGCAGCCGAACGUCUCAGCCAUCGUGCACCCACUGCUUCCGAGAUGGUGAACGACCAGGGCAUUCCUGAAGUCAUGUCUUUCCCUGCAAACUGCCCCUCUUGCCAUGCUCCUUGCGCCACCAACAUGCAUGUCAUGAGCAUUCCUCAUUUCAAAGAAGUGGUCAUCAUGGCUACCAACUGUGAUAAAUGUGGUUACAAGAGCAACGAAGUGAAGGCUGGCGGUGCUAUUUCUGAAAAAGGCAGACGCAUCACUUUGAAUAUGACGGAUGCUGAGGACUUGUCGAGAGAUAUCCUCAAAUCCGAAACUUGCGGUUUGAGCAUUCCUGAAAUUGAUUUGGAAUUGACGCCCGGUACAUUGGGUGGUCGUUUUACCACUGUGGAAGGUUUAUUGAGACAAGUGCAUGAUGAACUCAGAGAACGUGCUUUCACCGAAGGCGAUUCUGCCACCAAAGACAGCAAAGACAAGUGGGGUACUUUCUUGAGCAAUUUGACAGCUGUUGCUGAUGGUCAAAAGUUCCCUGUGACACUUAUUGUCGACGAUCCUUUGGCCAACUCUUAUUUGCAGAACCUUUAUGCCCCUGAUCCAGAUCCAGAAAUGACGAUCGAGGAAUACGAUCGUAGCUGGGAAGUGAAUGAAGAUCUGGGUUUGAACGAUAUGAAAGUAGACAAUUACGAGAACGAUACUGCUGCUGCUUCUUCGACCGAUGUAACUGAUAAUAAGGAAGAAAGCACCUGACUAACUGAUAGCAAACGUAGACGACUAAACUAAUUUUGUUGGGCAUAGAAUCUGAAUGAUGUAUGAUCACUCAAGACAAGGUUAUCUAUCAAUUAUUGGAAGUGAUACCCCCUCCCCCUCACAUAAAGGACAGCAAAUAAUUGAUCACAGAAUAAAUCUGUUUUACGUACUGUACAUUUACUUCUGGCGUCUAUUGAAUAAAGCAUUCACUUUUUUUUUCAUUUCUGCAUGCGAGCCGUGUCACUCUACUAAAAUAGGGUAUUAUUUGAAUGAAUAAAUGAUACAAUCUAG